UGUGCAUCUCGUUCUUCUCUUCGCAGACCUCAUUCGACUCCUCCUUCAUCCUGAGUGGAAAAAAACAACUUUUGAUGCAAAUGGAGUGCAUUAAAAUUAAGUGUUCUGUUGGAGUGCAGCCAAACCGAGCAGCAGAACCGUAAAUCAGCAGCAGUGGACUUUGUUUGUUUACAGACUGACCAUUUGGCCCCAGUCCGGCCCAUGAACCACUACUUUAAGAACGCUGGAGGUGAUGUUUUAAUCCACUGAAUCUCCACAGUUUGGUUUGAGAGAUAACUUUGCUCUUGAUUUAGUUCGAAGCUAAAUGUUUACRAUGUGAGAAAAACAGCUGUUUUCCUCCGGACCGACCCGGUGACAAGAGAAAGAUGAAAGAAUGGGAUUAAAUCUGGAUUAUCACUGAAACCCUGAAGCAGCUGCCUUCAUCUGAACCCAUUUAUAGAUUACGUUUUGAUUGUUGACGCGGCCCCCCCCUGUGGAUUUAAAAGACCCAAAUGGAAAAGAUCAACGAUUUGGACCACCCUCUUCUGGGAGAAAACACCGGGAACAACCGGGUACCUGGGCCAGUGCUAGGAACUGGACCUGGUCAGGCCCAGGUCGGGGUGUUUAGGGGRGUCCUGGUUCGGUGUGAGGAGGACCGGGCCUACCCCCCGCUGGCGUGGAGGAGCUUCUGUGGACGUCCUCCUGAGCUCCAGCAGCAGCAGCUGUUGGACCCGUGCUCCUUACCUCGAACCCUGGAGUCCUUUUACCCCGCGGGACCCAUCUGGGGCCAGCCGGACUCCCUGCUGAGCAAGGACUACCUUGAGACCACCUUCGUGGACAUCAGGCCCGGCUCGACCCUGGAGAGGAAGCUGCUGGCCGACACGCAGGACUUYCAUGGGUCCUACAGCAUGGAUGACGAGGAUGACCUGCUUCCUGACUCUGAUGACUCAUCCAUGGACGAGCUGAGCGAUGUGGACAGUGAGACCAACUUCCCUCUGAUGAUCCCUCAGGACCACCUGGGUCUGGCCUUCUUCUCCAUGCUCUGCUGCUUCUGGCCUCUGGGCAUCGCAGCCUUCUACCUGUCCCAGAAGACCAACAAGGCUUCGGCUCAGGGGGAUUUUCAGGGGGCCAACGCGGCCUCCCGCCAGGCCCUGUGGCUCUCCGUGCUCUCCAUCGUGUUCGGGAUCAUCACCUACAUCUGCGCCGUGUCUGCGCUCAUCUCAUACCUGUCGGCUAAACCGCCAUAAGAGGCGCCUGCAGGCUCCACAGACAGCCUCAUCUGUAAAAUUAUCCUUCAUCAACCUGAUGUUCUUCACUCACAGAAGCUUCGCUCAGCCUCACCUGGUUUUAGGUGUAAAUAAAAAACAACCUUUAAAGAAGUGAUCACCCCUGGGAAUAACUCUGACAGCACUUCCUCUACAGUGCCAACAUAAAUACAAAUGCAAACAAUUUAAAACAUCAAAUACAAGAUUUUAGACAACGAGAGCAAACCUGAGGGAAAAGUGCCAAAAGCAUCCAAACAGCCCAGAUGUUCUGUCCUUGUGUAAAUACAGAAACCCUCCAGAAAAUGCCUGCUUCAGACAAAAAAUAAAAAUAAAAUAAACUUG